AUGGAGCUGAACGAAAUCGAGGAGCUGCCGAAGAGGCUCCUUCGGGAGGAGGCGGGUCGCGCCUUCCGUCUUCAGGCAUCGGCUUCGAUGGACAUGUGGCUUUGCAUGAAGCGGGCCAUCAAUGCCUCUGAGAAGGCGAAGAAGGCCUACGAGGACGGCAGGGCCAGGGUUGCCGAGGCUGGCAAGGCUAUCCAGGACCACGCGAACCUGGUGAAGGACUUACAAGCUGCCGAACGGCAGGUCAAGGCUUACGAGUCCAAGUUCGCGGAUCUGUCGUCUGCCCUGGAAUCGGCACAGCUGUCGGCUAAGGAGGCUCUGGAGGCGAAGGGUGCCGUUGAGGUGGCUCUGGAGGAGUCGGAGCGUGCCAAAGCAUCAGAGAUUGAGGCUGCCGUCCAGGAGGCCAUUCGGAAGUAUCGCCACUCUACCGAAUUCUCUACCUUGCUCGACAAGGAGGUGGGCUCGGAGAUGGUGGAUCUCAUCUACCGAUUCAAGCGGUACAAUCCUGGGACGAAGCUCAAUCUGAACUUUAUUGCCGAUCCUCCUCCCCUUCCCGAAGGCGUCACAGAAGAAAUGAUCGAAGAAUACGAGGGGGAAGACGCUCCGGAGGAGCCGAAGCUGCUGAUGCCGAAGGGGCGAUGCCGAGGGCCCGUCCUCCUGAUCUCUUCUUCCUUACGUAAUUUUGAUUUCCUGUACCUUUGUAAUUUUGUACUAACUUUGAUGCCGUUGGCAUCUUUUGUUUGGAUAAUUAAUGCCGUAGGCAUUUUUUAUUAA